AUGGACGCCAAGCUCCUCCUCGCCCUCGGGCUGCUGGCCCAGAGCCUGUGCCUGUCAGUGGGGGUCCCCGGGCUGAGGAGGCCCCAUACCCUGUUCCCCUGGCACCGGGUGCCGGCACCGGGCCGCGUGCGGAGAGCCUGGGUCAUCCCUCCCAUCAGUGUGUCUGAGAACCACAAGCGCCUGCCCUUCCCCCUGGUGCAGAUCAAGUCGGACAAGCAGCAGCUGGGCAGCAUUAUCUACAGCAUCCAGGGGCCUGGCGUGGACGAGGAGCCCCGGGGGGUCUUCUCCAUAGACAAGUUCACAGGGAAGGUGUCCCUGAAUGCCGUGCUGGACCGAGAGAAGACAGACCGCUUCAGGCUCAGGGCCUUUGCUCUGGACCUGGGGGGGUCCACCCUGGAGGAGCCCACGGACCUGGAGAUCGUGGUUGUGGACCAGAACGACAACCGGCCUGUCUUCAGGCAGGAGGUGUUCACUGGCCAGGUGCUGGAGGGCACCGUCCCAGGCACCUACGUGACCAGGGCUGAGGCCACGGAUGCGGACGACCCGGAGACGGACAACGCGGCCCUGCGAUACUCCAUUCUGGAGCAGGGCGGCCCCCAGCUCUUCAGCAUCGACCCGCACACAGGGGAGAUCCGCACGGUGCAAGUGGGCCUGGACCGCGAGGUGGUCGCCGUGUACAAUCUGACCCUGCAGGUGGCGGACAUGUCUGGAGACGGCCUCACUGCCACUGCCUCAGCCAUCAUCACACUGGAGGAUGUCAAUGACAACGCCCCCGAGUUCACCAGGGGUCAGUUCUUCCUGGAGGCCACAGAGGCCGUCAGCGGAGUGGACGUGGGGCGGCUGGAGGUAGAGGACCGGGACCUGCCCGGCUCCCCCAACUGGGUGGCCAGGUUCACCAUCCUGGAGGGCGACCCUGACGGGCAGUUCGCCAUCCGCACCGACCCCAGGACCAACGAGGGCGUGCUGUCUGUGGUGAAGCCGCUGGACUAUGAGAGUCGGGAGCGCUAUGACCUCAAAGUGGCAGUGCAGAACGAGGCUCCCCUGCAGGCGGCGGCCCCCAGGGCCGAGCGGGGCCAGGCCAGGGUCAGCGUGCAGGUGCGGGAUGUCAACGAGGCGCCCGUGUUCCAGCAGAACCCACUGCGGACCAGCCUGGCCGAGGGGGCGGCCCCAGGAACCUCCGUGGCCACCUUCUCUGCCCGAGACCCUGACACACAGCAGCCGCAGAGGCUCAGCUACUCCAAAGACUACGACCCUGAAGACUGGCUGCAAGUGGACGGGGCCACUGGCCGAGUCCAGACCCAGCGCGUGCUCAGCCCUGCAUCCCCCUUCCUCAAGGACGGCUGGUACAGGGCCAUCAUCCUGGCCCGAGAUGAUGCCUCCCCACCCAGCACGGCCACAGGGACCCUGUCGGUUGAGAUCCUGGAGGUCAACGACCACGCCCCUGAACUGUCUCCACCGUGGGGCAGCCUGUGCAGCACACCAGAGCAGGGCUCCGGCCUUCUCUUGGGGGCCACGGAUGAGGACCUGCCCCCCCACGGGGCCCCCUUCCACUUCCAGCUGAGCCCCAGGCUCCCAGAGCUGGCCCAGAACUGGAGCCUCAGCCAGGUUAACGUGAGCCACGCGCGCCUGCGGCCCAGGCUCCAGGUCCAGGAGGGGCUGCACCGCCUUAGCCUGCUGCUCCAGGACUCGGGACAGCCGCCCCAGCAGCGCGAGCAGCCCCUGAACGUGACCGUGUGCCGCUGCGGCCUGGACGGCGCCUGCCUGCCGGGGGCCGCUGCGCUCGCCCUGCUGGUGGCCCUCCUGGUGCGGUGCCGGCAGCAGUCGUGUGACAAGAGGCUUCUGCACGGGCUGCAGGACGACCUUCGGGACAGCAUCCUCAACUACGACGAGCAGGGGGGCGGGGAGGAGGACCAGGAUGCCUACGACAUGGACCAGCUGCGCCACCCGGCAGAGCUGGCGGCCCUGGGCGCCCCCCUGGGACGGCCUUCUCUGCGCAGAGACGCCCCGUUCAGCCGAUCGCACCCCCAGGCCCCCCGCGUGCUGCCCAGCAGCCCCUCUGACAUCGCUGACUUCAUCAACGAGGGCUUAGAGGCCGUGGACAGCGACCCCGCCGUCCCACCCUACGACACGGCUCUCAUCUAUGACUACGAGGGGGACGGAUCCGUGGCGGGCACGCUGAGCUCCAUCCUGUCCAGCCUGGGUGAUGAGGACGCAGACUACAGCUGCCUCUGGGACUGGGGGCCCCGCUUUGCCCGGCUGGCCGACUUGUACGGGCCCCGUGAGGGCACCAGGGAAGAGGCUUUCUGA